AUGGGUGACGCUAGGCCUAUGGAUCGUCUCUCACAUGACCUUGGGAAUCUCAGCACCAGCUAUCACAAUGCUAGAUGUGGUGACGGAGUAUACGUGGAGCUCGAACAUAACAAGACCGGAGAAAGAUUCCGGUCUCUUGAUUUCUGUGGUGGUGCUUCGGUGGCGUGCUUUGGGAACGGAGGCGAGAAUGCCUCAGCCGAGUACAACAGGGUUGCAGAUGCGACUGUUGCACAAAUCAGGAAACUAGCAUAUGUUUCUCACACUACGUACCAGACCAAUGUCAACUUCGACCUGAGCGAGCUGCUGGUUCGAAAUGCCAACAGAUAUCUUGUCAAGGACGAGGGAGGGACAAAAUGGCGGUACCAAGACAUCGGAGGUGACGAAUCAUCCAAAAUGUCCCACGCUAUCAUCGUGAACUCAGGUUCUGAGGCGGCCGAGGCGUCUAUCAAGGCGGUCUGGCAAUAUUGGGGAAGCCAGGGGAAGCCGAACAAGAGAAGGAUACUCUCUCGCGAAAGCUCAUACCAUGGUAAUACAUUGGGUGCUUUGUCUUUGGGCGAGUUCCCCUCUCGCCAAGACCCUUAUAAAGGGUUGAUCAAACCUAGGACGCCUGCAGCACAAGACUCAGGGUCGCGAAUCUCGGGUGCGGAUACGCGCCGUUCCUGCCUCAAAACGAAGACCAAUGAGAUGCAUGACGAACCAUUGGAGGUUGAGUACAUCAAGUUCGACAGAUAUUAUCCCUUUGGGGACAAGUUGGACACUGAGUCCGAAGACGAAUACGUGGGCAGGUUGAUGAAUAACCUGGAGGACCAGAUCAAGAUCUUGGGGGCUGACACCAUCGCUGCUAUCUGGAUCGAACCGGUUUCGGGAGCUGCCCUCGGCUGCCAACCCGCCGGACCACAGUACCUGGCAAAGCUGAAGCAGCUGUGCCGACGCAAUGAUAUCAUCCUAGUGUACGACGAGGUGAUGUGUGGAAUGGGACGGACGGGUAGCAUGCAUGCAUGGCAUCACGACCAGGCUCAACUGGAUCAAGCCAGGCGCGCCAUGAACGGGCACCGCCAUCUUGUAAAGGAUGAGCGCGCACUCGAGACCGUCGCUCCGGACAUCCAAAUGGUGGGCAAGUGUCUCGCGGCGGGAAUAAUGCCUGCUGCUGGUAUGAUCGUGAACAAAAAGAUAGCAGAAGGUCUAGGCCCAAAGUUCAUCCACAGCUUCACUUACCAAUCUCACCCCGCUGUCUGCGCUGCUGCGUUUGCCACCCAAAUGGAGAUACAGAGACUACUUGAGAUCGGCCAUAUCCAGAAAAUCGGGGAGCGUCUUGAGCGAGAGAUCAGACACAAUUUCAGUGGUCUGUCGAACGUGACUGACAUUCGUGGACGAGGCCUGUUCUGGGGGGUUGAGCUUCAGCAUGAUGACGGAGGAGCAUGGGCUCAUGAGGUCUCUGCGGAGCUUGCCGCGUUUGGAGAAGAGGACUAUUUUGUUCGGAAUGAUGCGUGCGUUCGAUUCUACGCUGCUCCUGCAUGGAGACUGAGACGGCAUGAAGGCCCGGAAAGGAAAGGUGACCACAUUAUGCUAUCGCCUGCAUACACCCUCACAGAGAAGGAAGUCGUUGAAGGGGUAUCGAGGAUCAAGAAUGUCAUCCAGAGAUACUUUGAUGACAGCGUCCAAAUUUCAUAUCACAGGGCGAAGGAGGCCAGGGGGGCGUUCAUUGCCUGA